AUGCUUCUCACCGUGCUCCUCCCGGCAUUUGCUUUGGCAAUGCCACAGCUUGCUACUAGUUCGGACGUUCCAUCGCGAUACUCUUCAGAUGCCCCCGCCCCAUACAACGAUUGGAGGCCUGCGUAUGUUGACGAGUUUCGUGGACCUUGUCCCAUGUUGAAUACAUUAGCAAAUCAUGGAUUCCUCCCACAUGAUGGUGGCAAGGAUGGGGGCCUCACAUUAGAAAAGGUCAUACAUGGCCUAUCCUUUCUAAAUUUCAACGCAAGUCUUGCAACAAUCAUGUUUGAGCAAGCUUUGAUAAUCAACCCAGUUCCAAACYCGACCUUCUUCAACCUUGACAUGUUGAAUGUUCAUGGCACUCUCGAACACGAUGCCUCCCUGAGUCGCUCAGAUCACUAUUUUGGUAACAACCACGUCUUCAACCAAUCUGUCUUCGACCGAAGCAAGAAAUACUGGACCACUGAGAUUCUCGACCGCUAUCAAAUGUCAAAUGCCAAACUUGCACGCCAAAUUCAAUCACGAUCAAGUAACCCGGAGUACGACUUCAGCUCCAGCGUGGAGAAUUUUAGCAUCGGGGAGAUCUUGGCUCCGUUUGUUGUCUUCGGCGAUCGAGACGCUGUGACAGUGAAUAGGACCUGGGUCGAAUUCUUCUUUGAGAACGAACGUCUGCCAACCUCGCUCGGUUGGAAGCCGCAAGAAAGGGUUGUCAAUCUCGAAGACAUCACGACGUUGAUGGGAGCGUUCUUCAAUGCUACUAGUCUCAUCACCGGAGCUGGUGCUGCGGUUGGUGUCCAUUAA